AUGUCCUCCGAUGAUGCUUCAGUCAUCGCUUUGGGCUACGAUCUAUUAGCCGAAAAGCGGUACUGGAUUGGAAUAACGGCACUCUGGGUCUACGAGUAUUUCCUUACCGUCGGCGACGAGGUAGGACCCUCGUAUCAUGGAAUUUUCUAUAUGGCUCAUUUCACGUUCAUAUCUAAAGAUACGAUAUAUCUGGAAAGCACCCAAGGACAAUAUCGUUUUUUGUCUAAUCGAUACCUGGCCCUCAUCAUCAUUACUGUGACAUGUGUCGCUUUUUUCUCGUCGUACUGGACUGAAGAAAUGUUCGUACCAAUGGUUUUUCCUUGUGGGGCUCCGAAUGAAUAUGUAUCUUCUAAUAGGUGUCUACGAUAUGGUUAUGCAGAGCAGUUGGAGACUCUAGUCAUGUGUACGAUCGCCGAGAUGCUUGUCUUACUUAGGGUAUAUGCUCUAAGCGGAAAUAAUCGGACGGUCAUCAUCUGUGCAAUUCCUCUUAUCAUUAGCCAGUGGGGCUUGUUGUUCUACGUUUGCAGUCAGUCUGCUAACGGUACUGCGAACUUAACACUGCUUCUUGGGCCCAGCGACGUUCCAACCCUCCCCGAUAUCGAUGCAUUCCGCCUUCCACCACUAGACGUUGUACCAUAUGGCCAAGCAUACCUGUGCCUGCUUAUCGUAUACGAUGGACUAGCGGUGCUUGCAAUUUUAUACAUAGUGGCGGGACAGUCCGAUAAUCUACAUCUCAUGCCGAUCUUGAAACUCAUCCAGAGAGAUGGACUGUUGUAUUUCGCCGUCAUGUUUACGAGCCACUUUGUUUGGUUAAUGCUGACACUCUAUGCGCCGACUGGAUUGCAGUUCAUACAGAAUCAGUGA